GUCAGAGGGGAAGACACGAGUCCUCUUCAUUUCCAUGCGUUUCUAUGCAAGCACACAGCCUGGAGGCACUACAGCUGCUCCUAUAUAAAAAGGCUGCCUGUGCUAAGAAAUAAACACACAAGCGGGUGUGUGAAUCCGUGAGCAUCCAGCUCUGUUUCUUCUACUUCUCCAAGUCGCUGCCUCGUGCUGGUGUUUCUCCCUGUGCUUCGUACUCUUCUUUUUUCCUCUUUUUUUUCCAUCCCCUUCACUGGAGAGAGGCCAUCCACCCAGCAGGCACCAUUUCCUCACCGGGGAGACCAGCGUUGGCAGUGCAGCCUCUUCCCAGGCUCAGCAUUGGGAGGAAGACCCUGGUGGCAGCAGCCGUGGGCGUCAUGCUGGUCCUGGUGCUCGUCAUCCUGAUCCCCGUGUUGGUGAGCUCUGUGGGCACAGACGGGAGCCACUAUGAGAUGCUGGGCACCUGCCGCAUGGUCUGUGACCCUUACCUGGGGAAAGGCACCACGACUAGUGCCAGCAUCCAGGCAGAAGCCGAGGCGCUGAGUGACAGUAUCAUGCCACCGCCCUCCACCCUCGUUCAGGGGCCCCAGGGCAAGCCUGGACGACCUGGCAAGCCUGGCUCCCCAGGGCCUCCAGGAGAGCCAGGGCCCCCAGGUCCAAUUGGCCCCCCCGGAGAAAAGGGGGAUUCAGGGAAAACUGGCAUCCUGGGUUUUGGGGGCAAUGGUGCAAUCAGCACAGCCACCUACAGCACUAUUCCGAGGGUCGCUUUCUACGCUGGGCUCAAGAACCCCCACGAGGGGUACGAGAUCCUCAAAUACGACGACGUGGUCACCAAUCUGGGCAACAACUACGAUGGCACCUCCGGCAAGUUUAUCUGCAACAUCCCUGGCACUUACUUCUUCAUCUACCACGUCCUGAUGCGGGGUGGGGAUGGUACAAGCAUGUGGGCAGACCUUUGCAAGAAUGGCCAGGUCCGUGCCAGUGCCAUUGCCCAGGAUGCUGAUCAGAAUUAUGACUACGCUAGCAACAGCGUAAUCCUGCACCUGGACGCGGGAGACGAGGUCUUCAUCAAGCUGGAUGGAGGCAAGGCGCAUGGAGGGAACAACAACAAAUACAGCACCUUCUCGGGAUUCAUCAUCUACGCAGACUGAGGGGCUCACAGGCUGCCCUCCCUCCCUCCAGCUCUCGUUCGCUCGCUCGCUCUUUCUCUUGCUGUGGGUUCGCAGGGGGGCUCAAACUGGCAUGGACACCAACGACGGACUUUCACAAAGAAAUAUUUCCAGGUGGCUGGCACGCGUAGACCUGGACUUUCUCUCUCUAGGAACAAAAUCAGCAGGAGUAGAAGGCAGCCUCCUGGAAAGACAUGGACUCUUUGACUCUGCAGUACCCCCACUCCCUUCCAUCUAUCACAGGGCUGUGCAAUAUCAACAGGACUGGGAUCAAGCUAUUGCUACUGAAUAAGGAUCAGAAAAAAAUGAUAUGGUUGUGGUGGUUCCUGAUGGUUUGAAGUUGUAUUUAGUCCAGAGAUGCAACUUUUAUUUAUUUAUUUAUUUAUUUUAAUUUAAACUGAAAAUGUGUUCAUGGCUGUUCUUUCAAUGCAAUGUAUGCAUAGCUUACAGUGCCCCCUGGUUAUUGAAUGUUGUAACUGCAGGUCUGAAAAGGGACCUCUCAAUCUGUACAUCUUUACUACUAAAAGAGAAAAGCUAUCUGUUAGCACCCCCCGUCUGUCUGCUUUGUGUCUUGAGUCUAAAUGGGUAUGUAGUGCAUCUGAGGGCAGUACUGUGGUUUCAUUGGUGCACAGGAUUUCUGAAAAUGAUGGAUACUGAUUUUGACAUAUAUUGGCAAUUAUUCUUAUAUACACCCUUAUAAAAGUUUACUACUUCCAAAGCCUGCCUAUGCUUUACCAUGGUUUCACUAUGCUUUUUUGACACGUUGCUAUGUUUUUACUAUGGGGAAACAUUUAUAAGGGAAAGGUAAGUGACCACAGUUUGAAUAAUGUUCGGAGCAGCUGUACAGUUGUGGCCAAAAGUUUUGCAUCCCCCUAUAGAAUUAACUAAUUUUGCUUCAUAUAGUUGAAUGAAACCUGUUGAAUAAUGUUACAUUAACAUAUUGAAUUACAUAACUCUUUUCCAUAUACAUAACGAAAAACUGACACAAAUUGAAAAAUGUGACAUUUCGAAAUCUAACAUGAAAUACUCUACUACUAUUAUGGCUUCCGGUAGACUUUUGUG